AUGGGGCCGUGGUUUUCCUACGGUAAUGAAGUCUGCAAUGCACCAUGGUAUUGGGGAGACUUCCCGCAGUUCUACUCGCGGGGUUUGAGACGGCGGAAUUCGGGUGAAGUUCCACUGAAGUCACGGUUGUGGCGGACCACGCACACAUUGACAACCGCGCGAUGA